AUGAAUGUAGACAAUUGUGUUGCAAGCGUGAACACUAUUGACGAGUUAAAUUCUUUCAUUACGGUGUCUAAAGAAUUAAUGGCUUCAGCACAAUUUGACCUAAGGGGUUCGAAACAUAAUCGGCCAGAUAGUGAUGAGGAAACCUCAAUUUUGUCUGGAGAUAAUUAUGAAGAAAUCGUUUCAGUAUUGGGCCUUAAAUGGAAUUUAUACAGGGAUACUUUACCUUGUGAGAUGAAUGAGGAAAAUCAACCCAUUCCGAGUAAACGAAAUGUAUUAUCUAUGUUAAGCCGAAUUUUUGACCCUAUUGGGUUUACAAGUCCUGUCACACUAGUUCCUAAAUUAAUCUUGCAGGAAUGUUGGAAGGUGAAAAUUAAUUGGUAUACAGGACUUCCGGAUAAUCUGAGGAAUAAAUUUCUAAAGUGGGCUAAUGAAUUAAAAUAUCUGAAAGAAAUAGAAAUCCCUAGAAAAACACCUGAUCUAGAUGAAAAUUCUACUCUGCAUGUCUUCGUAGACGCGAGCAAAUCGGCUUACGCGGCUUCAAUUUUUAUUAGAAAUGUUAAAGGGGGAAUAGUUAACUGUCAACUCUUACAGGCUAAAUCCAAGGUAGCACCCCUAAAAUCGAUAACAAUUCCUAGAUUAGAAAUUCUCGCGUGUACCAUUGGAGCCAGGCUCGCUUACACUGUAAGAGAUGAUUUGAAUAUGAAGAAUGUGCGAACCUUUUUCUACACUGCCUUAAUGAACGCUUUAUACUGCAUUAAAAAGCAAUAUAACUGGGCCCCUUUUGUUGCUAACAGAGUCAAUGAAAUUCGAAAACUUACGGAUCCGGAGGCUUGGCGACAUAUUCAAGGAAAGUAUAAUCCCGCAGAUUUGCCCUCGCGGGGAUGCAAUUCUAAAGAUUUAUUGAAAUCCCAUUGGUGGGAGGCCCCCCAAUUUUUAAAACUGCCAUUCGAGAAUUGGCCAGCUAGUAAACUUUCUCCGGAUAUUGAAGUAGUUCGUUCAGAAAGAAAACGAACUAUAUCCUCAGCCACAAAUUUAACAACUAAUACCUUUGAAAUCUUCCAUAAGAGGUCUUCCUUCAAUAAAAUUGUGAGAAUCAUGGCCUACGUCAUCCGAUUUUAUAAAAAUACUCUAAGAAAUUAUAGUGAUAGAAAGAAGGGAAAAUUGGAGGUAGAAGAGAUCGAAGCAUCCGAGAAGUUCGUUUUGAAAGAAAUUCAAAGAGAAUCUUUUAAUGGAAAGAUAAAUUUUCGAACUGUGAAAGACAGCGAUGGUCUCUUUCGAGUUGAGACAAGAAUAACAUCGAGAAAAGACUUAGAAACUUUUAGAUUCCCUAUAUUAUUGACUAGCAAGCAUGAUUUGGUGGAAAAAUUAAUAAUGGACAAACAUAUUGAACUGAAACAUGACGCCGUAAGCAUUCCACUCCCAGAAGAUCGAGUCAGAGACGCAGCUAUUUUUGAAAUUAGAGGUGUUGACCUGUGCGGGCAUCUGAUUUUAAAAGAAGAUAAAAAAGGCUGGGUGGUACUCUUCACUUGUGCCAUCUACCGAGCGGUACACCUCGAAGUAGUAUCGUCCCUGUCAACAGAUUGUUUCAUCUUGGCCCUUCGCCGAUUUAUUGCUCGCAGAGGACACCCGUCCACUGUAUACUCUGACAAUGGGACAAAUCUUGUGGGAACGGCAAAUCUUUUGAAGAACAUUAAUUGGAACGAAAUUGAAGACUUUGCUUCAAGGAAACGAAUUUCAUGGAAAUUUAAUCCUCCCUCUGCCCCUUGGUGGGGAGGCUUCUUCGAAAGAUUAAUAGGAGUUUUGAAAGGCAUCCUGAGAAAGGUUCUAGGACGAGCUUGUUUGAAUGAAGAAGAGUUAGCUACAGUAUUAUGCGACGCGGAAAGUUUAAUUAAUUCCCGUCCUAUAACGUAUCUUUCAGAAGAUCCCGAAGAUCUGUCAGCGCUCACGCCAUCCAUGUUUCUACAGGAAAUUAAAGAAAUUGGUGUUCCUGAACUUGACCUAAUUGAUUCAAAAAAAUUGAACAAAAGAUAUUCUUAUCGGUUAAAAUUGCGACAAGACCUGCGAAACCGAUUCAGAAUUGAAUAUCUAGGUUUGCUUAAAGAUAAUUCUAAAAUUAAAAGGGAGUCGUCUAUCAAAGAAGGAGAUCUUGUGCUAAUCGGAGAUUCCAACCAUAAAAGAAUACUCUGGCCAUUGGCCAAAGUUGAAAGGACUUAUCCAGGAAAGGAUGGGAGAAUCCGUUUAGUGGAACUUAAGACCCAAUCUGGGAAACUAUUAAGACCUAUACAAAGACUUUUUCCGCUGGAAGUGAAAGCAAAUGACUUUCCAUCUGUGAACAAUUCUGGUAGACAUGAUGAGAGUCCUUGUCACAACAAGGAUUUAUUCCCUGCCAAUAAAGAAGUUCGAUACUCUCGUUAUGGACGAUCAUUGGAACCAACUAAGAGACUUUAA